UUGCCAUGUCUCGUCUUCCUGCCAUUCUCAGCCCCUCUGAGGAGGACAUUCAGCUCUUGUUGAGUGCACAAUGCCACAUCGGUGCCAAGAACGUCACUGCUCGCAUGACCCCUUACGUCUACAAGCGUCGCGCUGAUGGCAUCAACUUGAUCAACCUUGGCAAGACCUGGGAAAAGCUCAUCUUUGCUGCCCGUGUCAUUGCUGCCAUCGAGAACCCCCAGGAUAUCGUUGUCAUCUCGGCUCGUCCCUAUGGUCACCGUGCUGCCUUGAAGUUCGCCAAGUACAUUGGUGCUGAAGCUAUUGUUGGUCGUUUCACCCCUGGUACCUUCACUAACUACAACACCCGUUCUUUCCGUGAACCUCGCCUUAUCAUCU